GCGCGGCUGCCUCAGCAACCGCUCAAGCGCCGCGAAGGUUGUCUUCCCCCCACCCCCUAACGCGGUUGUUGUUGUUAUUCCUAAAGACUCGUUGAAAGAGGCGCCGCCGUAUCGGGGUGGGGCGUCAUGACGGGCCGCAAAUUCUCGAAAGAGAAGAAGCGGCAUCGCUCCCGCUUGGCUUGCUCAGAGGAAGGCGGCGGCAGCGAAAGGAAACGGCGGAGCACCGAGUCGCUCCACGGUGCCCCUGAGGAAACAAAAUGUAUUACACAAAUGCCAGAAAAGGAGGAUGUGGGAGAAGAGCCCAGUGACAUAGAAGAAGGUGGACUAGAUCUCAGUGUCCAGUUAAAGCCUGUUAGUUUCUACAUCACAGACAAGAAGGAAAUGCUUCAACAGUGCUUUUAUAUCAUAGGGGAGAAGAAAUUGCAGAAAAUGCUGCCUGAUGUUUUAAAGAAUUGUUCCAUAGAAGAAAUCAAAAGGCUUUGUCUUGAGCAGUUGGAGCUCAUGUCUGAGAAGAAGCUACUGAAAAUCCUUGAAGGUGAGAAUGGGGCUGACUCCGACAGUGAUGAGGAGGUUGAUGGGAGUGAAGAGAAGACAGCAGCUGAAUCAUUCAGCCAGCAAGAUAAUAGCAUAGAUUCCACUUCUUCUUUGAAGGAAGACAACAAAUUGGAAGGGUUGGACUCAAAACAAGGCAAGGGAGAAGAUAGUGAUGUUCUCAGCAUCAACGCCGACGCGUAUGACAGCGACAUUGAAGGCCCAUGCAAUGAAGAAGAUAAUCCAGGUGUGCCGGAAAAGAUUGUCAGAAGUGGAGAUGGUCAGAUAGAUGACCUUCAGAAGGACAUUGAGAAAAGCGUAAAUGAGAUCCUGGGCCUUGCCGAAUCCUCCCCAAAGGAGUCUAAAGCAGCGACUGUAGCAGUUCCUCCACCAGACGACGUUCAGCCAUCAGCACAGCAGCUGGAGCUCCUGGAGCUUGAGAUGCGAGCAAGGGCUAUUAAGGCCCUCAUGAAAGCAGGAGAUGUUAAAAAAUAGCUGUAGGGCUGUUUCGUUUGCAAGAUGUCUGUAUUUGUUCUGAUGGGUGUGAUGUCAGCUCUCUUCAGUGCUAAAAUAUAUUUGGACUGGUUUUGACAUUCCUCAUUCAAACCCUUUGCGUAUCGUGUCUCGUGGCUGAAAUAGUUGGCAGCAGUUUGCCAUUGCCAUCAGUAUGGUUUGUCUGUGACCUACACAGAUGGAUUGGCUUGAUACUGCUUGACUUCGCUGGCCAUUUCUUGCAUUGUGUUGGUUUAUUUCUCAGUAUGGAUCGGGAAACAAGCAGUCAUAGGCAGUGUGGAUCUCUAGUUAAAUCCCGGUACUUGACAGAAGACUAGAAGAACAAUGUAGGGCACUCAACUUUCUGAUGCCAAACAAUUAGCAGGGUUUACCUAGGAGGCUUAAUUGUGGGGGAGGAGAAAGGAGAGGCUCUGCUCAUUGGAGAUGGAGCGACAUAAGACACAUCAACUGAGAAACCAUGCCAGAAUUCCUUGAACCAUCAGUUGAGACUUGGAAGCCUUCUUUUGAUUGGUACCGGAUAUGGGCAAAUCAGCAGUAGUGUACACUGUCUUUGAUCUUUAUGACCCUACAGUCAAGAUGAUGGCACUUGCUCUAAUUUGGUUGGCCCCUUAAUGGGUCUGGGUCCUAGCAACUUCUCAACCUCUAUGGCCAGCAUAGGCAUUCAUAGUCUGUGUAGUCUGAAAUAAAAUGUAGUCCUUGUCUCCCUUAAUAGUCGUUAGUUCAGUAACAAAUGUGCGUGCACCUUAAAACACACUCUUUAAGAAAUGUCUGGUGCUUGAGAGUAGUUACGUGUGUGGCACCAGAAUAUGAAUUACAUAGUUAAAAAUAAUUAAAACAAAAC